CCUUAGCUGUAUUCGAAAGCAAAAUUUGUGAUGUGAUUUUUCCUUUCGAAUGCCCCCAAAUGUUCUGAUCGCCUCCCAUCCCUCCCCUCCCACUAUAUAAAAACCCCUCAAAUCCUUUCUUCUUAAAAUCACACUCAUCCUUAAUUCCUUCGAUAUAACUACUAGCUAGACUCAUUUGGAACGAUGAAUCGAGCCUCUACCCUUAUCGCUUCGUACAUACUUGUGAUAUUCCUUUGCCCCUUGGUUGUCUCAGGGCGGCCUGCCACGUUUUUUGAGGACUUUCACGUAACAUGGGCCAACUCCCACCUCAGGCAGCUCGAAGGAGGGAGGGCCAUUCAGCUUGUUCUCGACCAAAAUUCAGGAUGCGGGUUUGCUUCCAAGAGGCAGUACUUGUUCGGGCGGGUGAGCAUGAAGAUCAAGCUCAUUCCAGGGGACUCUGCAGGAACUGUCACUGCCUUCUAUAUGAACUCGAACACCAACGAAAUUCGAGACGAGCUCGAUUUCGAGUUCCUGGGCAAUAGGAGCGGGCAGCCGUACACUGUCCAGACGAAUGUAUAUGCUCAUGGAAAGGGUGACAGAGAACAGAGGGUCAACCUUUGGUUUGACCCAUCUGCUGACUACCAUACUUACACCAUCCACUGGAACCAUCUGCAAGUCAUAUACUACGUGGACGACGUCCCGAUAAGAGUGUACAAGAACAACGAGGCAAAGGGGGUCCCGUACCCGAGAUCGCAGCCCAUGGGGGUCUACUCUACCCUGUGGGAGGCUGACGACUGGGCCACGAGAGGCGGGCUCGAGAAGAUCGACUGGAGGAAGGCCCCAUUCUACGCCUACUACAAGGACUUUGACAUCGAGGGUUGCCCUGUUCCAGGCCCCUCAACCUGUGCCUCGAACCCAGGCAACUGGUGGGAGGGCCUUGCCUAUCACAGGCUCAGUGCAGUCGAAGCCAGGAAGUACCGCUGGGUCAGGAUAAACCACAUGAUAUACGACUACUGCCAGGACAGGUCGAGGUACCCUGUCCCGCCUCGAGAGUGUGGAGCAGGCAUUUAAAUGACUCUUUAAGUCACAAGAUAUCCAAAAACCGAUACAUACACAUACAUAUACAGCAUACGUCUAUAGUACUCCCCAUGCACCUUCCCCAUAAUAAGUGCGAAAUCAUCAACAAAAUUAUUAGUAUACCCCUCGUCUUCUUAAAAAUUGCAAUUCCUCCCCCAUGUCAAACUUGUUUGGCCUCUCAAAGUCUAUGCUUAGUUAUAUUGGCGUUCAAUUCAAUUUUAUGUGGCAGUGAGGGUUAAAGAACGUUUUGCAGCAGCAUCUGAAUCGGAAAAAGCCACAUUUUCUUCGAAUAUAUGGGAAGUUUGAUGGAGUAUAUCAGUGCGUUUUUUGCCGAUAAAGGGGAACUAUAGAUAUGUUAUUUAAUCAUGUAAAUUAAAGGGGCGUGACUAUAAUUUUUCCAAAAUACAGGUUAUGGGCAAUGUGUUGGGGAAUCCUUGUACUUGUUUUAGGGUUUUAGUUCACGUGUUUGUGGAUUAAGGUUAAAUCACUGUGUCGGCGAGAUUUGUACCAUAAAAUUCUAUGCAGAAAAUUGUGUAUACUUGCUUUCUGUUUGUUCUCAAUAUAAAUAAAGUUUGAUUUGGAAAUAA